AUGGACGUGGACAUGGACGUGGACAUGGUCGUGGACGUGGACGUGGACGUGGACGUGGACGUGGAUGUGGACAUAGACGUGGACGUGGACGUGGACGUGGACGUGGACAUGGUCGUGGACGUGGACGUGGAAGUGGACGUGGUCGUGGUCGUGGUCGUGGACAUGGACGUGGACGUGGACGUGGACGUGGACGUACACGUCGACGUGGACGUGGUCGUAGACGUGGACGUGGACGUGUACGUAGACGUGGACGUGGACGUGGACGUGGACAUGGACGUGGACAUGGAAGUGGACGUGGACAUGGACGUGGACAUGGACGUGGACAUGGGUAUGGACAUGGACGUGGACGUGGACGUGGACGUGGUUGUGGACGUGGACGUGGACAUGGACGUGGACGUGAACGUGGACGUGGACAUGGACGUGGACGUGGACGUGGACGUGGACGUGGACGUGGACAUGGACAUAGACGUGGACGUGGACGUGGACAUGGACGUGGACAUGGAAGUGGAUGUGGACGUGGACGUGGACAUGGACGUGGACGUGGACGUGGACGUCGACAAGGACGUGAACAUGGACGUGGACGUGGACGUGGACAUGGACGUGGACAUGGACAUGGACGUGGACGUGGACAUGGACGUGGACGUGGACGUGGACGUGGACAUGGACAUGGACGUGGACGUGGACGUGGUGGUGGACGUGGACGUGGACGUGGUCGUGGACGUGGACGUGGACGUGGACGUCGACGUCGACGUGGACGUGGACAUGGACGUGGAUGUGGACGUGGACGUGGAAAUGGACGUGGACGUGGACGUGGACGUGGACGUGGACAUGGUCGUGGACGUGGACCUGGACGUGGACAUGGACGUGGACGUGGACGUGGACUUGGACGUGGACGUCGACGUGGACGUGGUCGUGGACGUGGACGUGGACGUGGACGUAGACGUGGACGUGGACGUGGACGUGGACGUGGACAUGGACGUUGACAUUGAAGUGGACGUGGACGUGGACGUGGACAUGGACGUGGACAUGGACAUGGACGUGGACGUGGACGUGGACGUGGACAUGGUCGUGGACGUGGACGUGGACGUGGACAUGGACGUGGACGUGGACGUGGACAUGGACGUGGACGUGGACGUGGACGUCGACGUGGACGUGGACAUGGACGUGGACGUGGACGUGGACAUGGACGUGGACAUGGACAUGGACGUGGACGUCGACGUGGACGUGGACAUGGACAUGGACAUGGACGUGGACGUGGUCGUGGACGUGGACCUGGUCGUGGACGUGGACCUGGACGUGGACAUGGACGUGGACGUGGACGUGGACGUGGACGUGGACGUCGACGUGGACGUGGUCGUGGACGUGGACGUGGACGUGGACGUAGACGUGGACGUGGACGUGGACGUGGACGUGGACAUGAACGUGGACAUGGAAGUGGACGUGGACGUGGACGUGGACAUGGACGUGGACAUGGACAUGGACGUGGACGUGGACGUGGACAUGGUCGUGGACGUGGACGUGGACGUGGACAUGGACGUGGACGUGGACAUGGACGUGGACGUGGACGUGGACGUCGACGUGGACGUGAACAUGGACGUGGACGUGGACGUGGACAUGGACGUGGACAUGGACAUGGACGUGGACGUGGACGUGGACGUGGAAAUGGACAUGGACAUGGACGUGGACGUGGUCGUGGACGUGGACCUGGUCGUGGACGUGGACGUGGACGUGGACGUGGACAUGGACAUGGACGUGGACGUCGACGUGGACGUGAAAAUGGACGUGGACGUGGACGUGGACAUGGACGUGGACAUGGACAUGGACGUGGACGUGGACGUGGACGUGGACGUGGACAUGGACAUGGACAUGGAUAUGGACGUGGACGUGGUCGUGGACGUGGACGUGGUCGUGGUCGUGGUCGUGGACGUGGACGUGGUCGUGGACGUGGACGUGGACGUGGACAUGGACGUGGUCGUGGACGUGGACGUGGACGUGGACAUGGACGUGGACGUGGACGUAGACCUGGACGUGGAAAUGGACGUGGACGUGGACAUGGACGUGGACGUGGACGUGGAUGUGGACAUGGUCGUGGACGUGGACCUGGACAUGGACGUGUACAUGGACGUGGACGUGGACGUGGACGUGGACAUGGACGUGGACGUGGACGUGGAUGUGGACGUGGACAUGGACGUGGACGUGGACGUGGACAUGGACGUGGACAUGGAAGUGGACGUGGACGUGGACGUGGACAUGGACGUGGACGUGGACGUGGACGUCGACGUAGACGUGAACAUGGACGUGAACGUGGACAUGGACGUGGACAUGGACAUGGACGUGGACGUGGACAUGGACGUGGACGUGGACGUGGACAUGGACAUGGACAUGGACGUGGACGUGGUCAUAGACGUGGACGUGGUCGUGGACGUGGACGUGGACAUGGACGUGGACGUCGACGUGGACAUGGACGUGGACGUGGACGUGGACGUGGACGUGGAAAUGGACGUGGACGUGGACGUGGACGUGGACGUGGACAUGGUCGUGGACGUGGACCUGGACGUGGACAUGGACGUGGACAUGGAAGUGGACGUGGACGUGGACGUGGACAUGGACGUGGACAUGGAAGUGGACGUGGACGUGGACGUGGACAUGGACGUGGACAUGGACAUGGACGUGGACGUGGACGUGGACGUGGACAUGGUCGUGGACGUGGACGUGGACGUGGACAUGGACGUGGACGUGGACGUGGACAUGGACGUGGACAUGGACGUGGACGUGGACGUCGACGAGGACGUGAACAUGGACGUGGACGUGGACGUGGACAUGGACGUGGACAUGGACAUGGACGUGGACGUGGACGUGGACGUGGACGUGGACAUGGACAUGGACGUGGACGUGGUCGUGGACGUGGACGUGGUCGUGGACGUGGACGUGGACGUGGACGUCGACGUCGACGUCGGCGUGGACAUGGACAUGGACAUGGACAUGGACGUGGACGUGGACGAGGACGUGGACAUGGACAUGGACAUGGACGUAGACGUGGUCGUGGACGUGGACGUGGACGUGGACAUGGACGUGGACGUGGACGUGGGCAUGGACGUGGACAUCGACGUGGACGUGGACGUCGAUGUCGACGUGGACGUGAACAUGGACGUGGACGUGGACGUGGACAUGGACGUGGACAUGGACAUGGACGUGGACGUGGACGUGGACAUGGACGUGGACAUGGACAUGGACAUGGACGUGGACGUGGUCGUGGACGUGGACGUGGACGUGGUCGUGGACGUGGACGUGGACGUGGACGUCGACGUCGACGUGGACAUGGACGUGGACGUGGACGUGGAGGUGGACGUGGAAAUGGACGUGGACGUGGACGUGGACGUGGACGUGGAGGUGGACGUGGAAAUGGACGUGGACGUGGACGUGGACGUGGACGUGGACAUGGUCGUGGACGUGGACCUGGACGUUGACGUGGACGUGGACGUGGACGUGGACGUCGACGUGGACGUCGUCGUGGACGUGGACGUGGACGUGGACGUAGACGUGGACGUGGAAGUGGACGUGGACAUGGACGUGGACAUGGAAGUGGACGUGGACGUGGACGUGGACAUGGACGUAGACAUGGACAUGGACGUGGACGAGGACGUGGACGUGGACAUGGUCGUGGACGUGGACGUGGACGUGGACAUGGACGUGGACGUGGACGUGGACAUGGACGUGGACAUGGACGUGGACGUCGACGUCGACGUCGACGUGGACGUGAACAUGGACGUGGACGUAGACGUGGACAUGGACGUGGACAUGGACGUGGACGUGGACGUGGACGUGGACAUGAAAAGGGACAUGGACGUGGACGUGGUCGUGGACGUGGACGUGGACGUGGUCGUAGACGUGGACGUGGACGUCGACGUCGACGUGGACAUGGACGUGGACGUGGACGUAGACGUGGACGUGGAAAUGGACGUGGACGUGGACAUGGACGUGGACGUGGACGUGGACAUGGUCGUGGACGUGGACCUGGACGUGGACGUGGACGUGGACGUGGACAUGGACGUGGACGUGGACGUGGACGUGGACGUGGACAUGGUCGUGGACGUGGACGUGGACGUGGACAUGGACAUGGUCGUGGACGUGGACAUGGACGUGGACAUGGACGUGGACAUGGACGUGGACAUGGACGUGGACAUGGACGUGGACGUGGACGUGGACGUGGACGUGGACGUGGACGUGGACAUGGACGUGGACGUGGACAUGGACGUGGACAUGGACGUGGACGUGGACGUGGACGUGGACGUGGACGUGGACGUAGACGUGGACGUGGAAGUGGACGUGGACAUGGACGUGGACAUGGAAGUGGACGUGGACGUGGACGUGGACGUGGACGUGGACAUGGACGAGGACGUGGACGUGGACAUGGUCGUGGACGUGGACGUGGACGUGGAAAUGGACAUGGUCGUCGACGUGGACAUGGACUUGGACAUGGACGUGGACGUGGACGUGGACGUGGACGUGGUUGUGGACGUGGACGUGGUUGUGGACGUGGACGUGGACGUGGACAUGGACGUGGACGUGGACAUGGAUGUGGACGUGGACGUGGACGUGGACAUAGACGUGGACGUGGACAUGGACAUGGACAUGGAAGUGGACGUGGACGUGGACGUGGACAUGGACGUGGACGUGGACGUGGAUGUGGACAUGGAUGUGGACGUGGAGGUGGACAUGGACGUGGACAUGGACAUGGACGUGGACUGGACGUGGACGUCGACGUGGACAUGUGACGUGGACGUGGACGUGGACAUGGACGUGGACAUGGACGUGGACGUGGACGUGGACAUGGACGUGGACAUGGACAUGGACGUGGACGUGGACGUGGUCGUGGACGUGGACGUGGACGUGGACAUGGACGUGGACGUGGACGUGGACGUGGACGUGGACAUGGACGUCGACGUGGACGUGGACGUGGACAUGGACGUCGACGUGGACGUGGACGUGGACAUGGAUGUGGACAUGGAAGUGGACGCGGACGUGGACGUUGACGUGGACGUGGACGUUGACGUGGACGUGGACGUGGACAUGGACCUGGACGUGGACGUGGACAUGGACGUGGACAUGGACGUGGUCGUGGACGUGGACGUGGACGUGGUCGUGGACGUGGACGUGGACGUGGACAUGGACGUGGACGUAGACAUGGACGUGGACGUGGACGUGGACAUGGUCGUGUACAUAGACCUCAACGUGGACGUGGACGUGGACGUGGACAUGGACGUGGACGUGGACGUGGACAUGGACGUGGACGUGGACGUGGACGUCGACAUGGACGUGGACGUGAAUCUGAAUGUGGACAUGGUCGUGUACAUAGACCUCAACGUGGACGUGGACGUGGACGUGGACAUGGACGUGGACGUGGACGUGGACGUGGACGUGGACAUGGACGUGGACGUCGACAUGGACGUGGACGUGGACGUGGACAUGGUUGUGUACAUAGACCUCAACGUGGACGUGGACGUGGACGUGGACAUGGACGUGGACGUGGACAUGGACGUGGACGUGGACGUCGACGUGGACAUGGACGUGGACGUGAAUGUGGACGUGGACGUGGACAUGGACGUGGACGUAGACAUGGACGUGGACGUGGACGUGGACAUGGUCGUGUACAUGGACCUCGACGUGGACGUGGACGUGGACGUGGACGUGGACAUGGACGUGGACGUGGACGUGGACAUGGACAUGGACGUGGACGUCGACGUCGACAUGGACGUGGACAUGGAUGUGGACGUGGACGUGGACGUGGACAUGGACGUGGACGUGGACGUGGACAUGGACCUGGACGUGGACGUGGACCUGGACGUGGACAUGGACGUGGAUGUGGACGUGGACAUGGACGUGGACGUGGACGUGGAAGUGGACAUGGACGUGGACGUGGACAUGGACGUGGACGUGGACAAGGAUCUGGACGUGGACGUGGACGUGGACAUGGACGUGGACGUGGACAUGGUCGUGGACAUGGACCUGGACGUGGACGUGGACGUGGACAUGGACGUGGACGUGGACGUGGACGUGGACAUGGACGUGGACGUGGACGUGGACGUCGACGUGGACAUGGACGUGGACGUGGAUGUGGACGUGGACGUGGACGUGGACGUGGACAUGGACGUGGACGUGGACAUGGACGUGGACGAGGACGUGGACGUGGACAUGGUCGUGGACAUGGACCUGGACGUGGACGUGGACAUGGACGUGGACAUGGUCGUGGACGUGGACGUGGACGUGGAUGUGGACAUGGACGUGGACGUGGACGUGGACGUGGACAUGGUCGUGGACGUGGACGUGGAAGUGGACGUGGUCGUGGUCGUGGUCGUAGACAUGGACGUGGACGUGGACGUGCACGUGAACGUGCACGUCGACAUGGACGUGGUCGUGGACGUGGACGUGGACGUAGACGUGGACGUGGACGUGGACAUGGAUGUGGACAUGGAAGUGGACGUGGACGUGGACGUGGACAUGGACGUGGACGUGGACGUGGACAUGGACGUGGACAUGGAAGUGGACGUGGACGUGGACGUGGACAUGGACAUGGACGUGGACGUGGACGUCGACGUGGACGUGAACAUGGACGUGGACGUGGACAUGGUCGUGGACGUGGUCGUGGACAUGGACGUGGACAUGGACGUGGACGUGGACGUGGUUGUGGACAUGGACGUGGACGUGGACAUGGACGUGGACGUGGACAUGGAUGUGGACGUGGACGUGGACGUGGACAUGGACGUGGACGUGGACAUGGACAUGGACAUGGAAGUGGACGUGGACGUGGACGUAGACGUGGACAUGGACGUGGACGUGGACGUGGAUGUGGACAUGGAUGUGGACGUGGACGUGGACAUGGACGUGGACAUGGACAUGGACUGGACGUGGACGUCGACGUGGACAUGUGACGUGGACGUGGACGUGGACGUGGACAUGGACGUGGACAUGGACGUGGACGUGGACGUGGACAUGGACGUGGACAUGGACAUGGACGUGGACGUGGACGUGGUCGUGGACGUGGAUGUGGACGUGGACAUGGACGUGGACGUGGACGUGGACGUGGACGUGGACAUGGACGUGGACGUGGACGUGGACAUGGACGUCGACGUGGACGUGGACGUGGACAUGGAUGUGGACAUGGAAGUGGACGCGGACGUGGACGUUGACGUGGACGUGGACAUUGACGUGGACGUGGACGUGGACGUGGACAUGGACCUGGACGUGGACGUGGACAUGGACGUGGACAUAGACAUGGACGUGGACGUGGACGUGGACGUGGAGAUGGACGUGGACAUGGACGUGAACGUGGACGUGGACGUGGACGUGGACGUGGUCGUGGACAUGGACGUGGACGUGGACAUGGACGUGGACGUAGACAUGGACGUGGACGUGGACGUGGACAUAGUCGUGUACAUAGACCUCAACGUGGACGUGGACGUGGACGUGGACAUGGACGUGGACGUGGACGUGGACAUGGACGUGGACGUGGACGUGGACGUCGACAUGGACGUGGACAUGGAUGUGGACGUGGACGUGGACGUGGACAUGGACGUGGACGUGGACGUGGACAUGGACCUGGACGUGGACGUGGACCUGGACGUGGACAUGGACGUGGAUGUGGACGUGGACAUGGACGUGGACGUGGACGUGGAAGUGGACAUGGACGUGGACGUGGACAUGGACGUGGACGUGGACAAGGAUGUGGACGUGGACGUGGACGUGGACAUGGACGUGGACGUGGACAUGGUCGUGGACAUGGACCUGGAUGUGGACGUGGACGUGGACAUGGACGUGGACGUGGACGUGGACGUGGACGUGGACAUGGACGUGGACGUGGACGUGGACGUGGACGUGGACGUCGACGUGGACAUGGACGUGGACGUGGAUGUGGACGUGGACGUGGACGUGGACGUGGACAUGGACGUGGACGUGGACAUGGACGUGGACGAGGACGUGGACGUGGACAUGGUCGUGGACAUGGACCUGGACGUGGACGUGGACAUGGACGUGGACAUGGUCGUGGACGUGGACGUGGAUGUGGACAUGGACGUGGACGUGGACGUGGACGUGGACAUGGUCGUGGACGUGGACGUGGAAGUGGACGUGGUCGUGGUCGUGGACAUGGACGUGGACGUGGACGUGCACGUGAACGUGCACGUCGACAUGGACGUGGUCGUGGAUGUGGACGUGAACGUGGACGUAGACGUGGACGUGGACGUGGACGUGGACAUGGAUGUGGACAUGGAAGUGGACGUGGACGUGGACGUGGACAUGGACGUGGACGUGGACGUGGACAUGGACGUGGACAUGGAAGUGGACUUGGACGUGGACGUGGACAUGGACGUGGACGUGGACGUGGACGUCGACGUGGACGUGAACAUGGACGUGGACAUGGACGUGGACAUGGUCGUGUACAUGGACCUCGACGUGGACGUGGACGUGGACGUGGACAUGGACGUGGACGUGGACGUGGACCUGGACGUGGACAUGGACCUGGACGUGGACGUGGACGUGGACGUGGACGUGGACGUGGACGUGGACAUGUACGUGGACGUGGACGUGGACGUGGACAUGGACCUGGACGUGGACGUGGACCUGGACGUGGACAUGGACGUGGACGUGGACGUGGACAUGGACGUGGACGUGGACCUGGAAGUGGACAUGGACGUGGACGUGGACAUGGACGUGGACGUGGACAAGGAUGUGGACGUGGACGUGGACAUGGACGUGGACGUGGACAUGGUCGUGGACAUGGACGAGUACGUGGAUGUGGACGUGGACAUGGACGUGGACGUGGACGUGGACGUGGACGUGGACAUGGACGUGGACGUGGACGUGGACGUGGACGUCGACGUGGACAUGGACGUGGACGUGGAUGUGGACGUGGACGUGGACGUGGACAUGGACGUGGACGUGGACAUGGACGUGGACGAGGACGUGGACGUGGACAUGGUCGUGGACAUGGACCUGGACGUGGACGUGGACAUGGACGUGGACAUGAACGUGGACGUGGACGUGGACAUGGACGUGGACGUGGACGUGGACGUGGACGUGGACAUGGUCGUGGACGUGGACGUGGAAGUGGACGUGGUCGUGGUCGUGGACAUGGACGUGGACAUGCACGUGGACGUGGACGUCGACAUGGACGUGGUCGUGGACGUGGACGUGGACGUGGACGUAGACGUGGACGUGGACGUGGACGUGGACAUGGACGUGGACAUGGAAGUGGACGUGGACGUGGACGUGGACAUGGGCGUGGACAUGGACAUGGACAUGGACGUGGACGUGGACGUGGACGUGGUCGUGGACGUGGACGUGGACGUGGACAUGGACGUGGACGUGGACGUGGACAUGGACGUGGACGUGGACGUGGACGUGGACAUGGACGUGGACGUGGACGUGGACAUGGACGUGGACAUGAAAGUGGACGUGGACGUGGACAUGGACGUGGACGUGGACGUGGACGUCGACGUUGACGUGAACAUGGAUGUGGACGUGGACGUCGACAUGGACAUGGACAUGGACAUGGACGUGGACGUGGACGUGGACGUGGACAUGGACGUGGUCGUGGACGUGGACGUGGACGUGGUCGUGGACGUGGACGUGGACGUGGACGUGGACGUCGACGUCUAUGUGGACAUGGACGUGGACGUGGACGUGGACGUGGACGUGGAAAUGGACGUGGACGUGGACAUGGACGUGGACGUGGACAUGGUCGUGGACGUGGACCUGGACGUGGACAUGGUCGUGGACGUGGACGUGGACGUGGACGUGGACAUGGACGUGGACGUGGACGUGGACGUGGACGUGGACAUGGUCGUGGACGUGGAAGUAGACGUGGUCGUGGUCGUGGUCGUGGGCAUAGACGUGGACGUGGACGAAGACGUGGACGUGGACGUCGACGUGGACGUGGUCGUGGACGUGGACGAAGACAUAGACGUGGACGUGGACGAGGACGUGGACGUGGACAUAGACGUGGACAUGGAAGUGGACGUGGACGUGGACGUGGACAUGGAUGUGGACAUGGACAUGGACGUGGAUGUGGACGUGGACGUCGACAUGGUCGUGGACAUGGACGUGGACGUGGACAUGGACGUGGACGUGGACGUGGACGUGGACAUGGACGUGGACGUGGACGUGGACGUGGACGUGAACAUGGACGUGGACGUGGACGUGGACAUGGACGUGGACAUGGACAUGGACGUGGACGUGGACGUGGACGUGGACGUGGACAUGGGCAUGGACAUGGACGUGGACGUGGUCGUGGACGUGGACGUGGACGUGGUCGUGGACGUGGACGUGGACGUGGACCUGGACGUGGACAUGGACGUGGACGUGGACGUGGACGUGGAAAUGGACGUGGACGUGGACAUGGACGUGGACGUGGACGUGGACAUGGUCGUGGACUUGGACCUGGACGUGGACGUGGACAUGGACGUGGAUGUGGACAUGGACAUGGACGUGGAUGUGGACGUGGACGUCGACAUGGUCGUGGACGUGGACGUGGACGUGGACAUGGACGUGGACGUGGACGUGGACGUGGACAUGGACGUGGACGUGGACGUGGACAUGGACGUGGACAUGGACAUGGACGUGGACGUGGACGUGGACGUGGACGUGGACAUGGACAUGGACAUGGACGUUGACGUGGUCGUGGACGUGGACGUGGACGUGGUCGUGGACGUGGACGUGGACGUGGACGUGGACCUGGACGUGGACAUGGACGUGGACGUGGACGUGGACGUGGACGUGGAAAUGGACGUGGACGUGGACAUGGACGUGGACGUGGACGUGGACAUGGUCGCGGACUUGGACCUGGACGUGGACGUGGACAUGGACGUGGAUGUGGACAUGGACAUGGACGUGGAUGUGGACGUGGACGUCGACAUGGUCGUGGUCGUGGACAUGGUCGUGGACGUGGACGUGGACAUGGAUGUGGACAUGGACAUGGACGUGGAUGUGGACGUGGACGUCGACAUGGUCGUGGACGUGGACGUGGACGUGGACAUGGACGUGGACGUGGACGUGGACGUGGACAUGGACGUGGACGUGGACGUGGACGUGGACGUGAACAUGGACGUGGACGUGGACAUGGACGUGGACAUGGACAUGGACGUGGACGUGGACGUGGACGUGGACAUGGACAUGGACAUGGACGUGGACGUGGACGUGGACGUGGACGUGGUCGUGGACGUGGACGUCGACGUGGACCUGGACGUGGACAUGGACGUGGACGUGGACGUGGACGUGGACGUGGAAAUGGACGUGGACGUGGACAUGGACGUGGACGUGGACGUGGACAUGGUUGUGGACUUGGACCUGGACGUGGACGUGGACAUGGACGUGGACAUGGUGAUGGACGUGGACGUGGACGUGGACGUGGAGGUGGACAUGGACGUGGACGUGGACGUGGACGUGGACGUGGACAUGGUCGUCGACAUGGACGUGGAAGUGGACGUGGUCGUGGUCGUGAACAUGGACGUGGAAGUGGACAUGGACGUGGACGUGGACGUGGACGUGGACGUCGACGUGGACAAGGACGUGGACGUGGAUGUGGACGUGGACGUGGACGUGGACGUGGACAUGGACGUGGACGUGGACAUGGACGUGGACGAGGACGUGGACGUGGACAUGGUCGUGGACAUGGACCUGGACGUGGAUGUGGACAUGGACGUGGACAUGGUCGUGGACGUGGACGUGGAUGUGGACAUGGACGUGGACGUGGACGUGGACGUGGACAUGGUCGUGGACGUGGACGUGGAAGUGGACGUGGUCGUGGUCGUGGACAUGGACGUGGACGUGGACGUGCACGUGAACGUGCACGUCGACAUGGACGUGGUCGUGGACGUGGACGUGAACGUGGACGUAGACGUGGACGUGGACGUGGACGUGGACAUGGAUGUGGACAUGGAAGUGGACGUGGACGUGGACGUGGACAUGGACGUGGACGUGGACGUGGACAUGGACGUGGACAUGGAAGUGGACGUGGACGUGGACGUGGACAUGGACGUGGACGUGGACGUGGACGUCGACGUGGACGUGAACAUGGACGUGGACAUGGUCGUGGACAUGGACCUGGACGUGGAUGUGGACAUGGACGUGGACAUGGUCGUGGACGUGGACGUGGAUGUGGACAUGGACGUGGACGUGGACGUGGACGUGGACAUGGUCGUGGACGUGGACGUGGAAGUGGACGUGGUCGUGGUCGUGGACAUGGACGUGGACGUGGACGUGCACGUGAACGUGCACGUCGACAUGGACGUGGUCGUGGACGUGGACGUGAACGUGGACGUAGACGUGGACGUGGACGUGGACGUGGACAUGGAUGUGGACAUGGAAGUGGACGUGGACGUGGACAUGGACGUGGACGUGGACGUGGACAUGGACGUGGACAUGGAAGUGGACGUGGACGUGGACGUGGACAUGGACGUGGACGUGGACGUGGACGUCGACGUGGACGUGAACAUGGACGUGGACAUGGACGUGGACAUGGUCGUGUACAUGGACCUCGACGUGGACGUGGACGUGGACGUGGACAUGGACGUGGACGUGGACGUGGACAUGGACGUGGACGUGGACGUGGACGUCGACAUGGACGUGGACAUGGAUAUGGACGUGGACGAUGUGGACGUGGACGUGGACAUGGACGUGGACGUGGACAUGGUCGUGGACAUGGACGAGUACGUGGAUGUGGACGUGGACAUGGACGUGGACGUGGACGUGGACGUGGACAUGGACGUGGACGUGGACGUGGACGUCGACGUCGACGUGGACAUGGACGUGGACGUGGAUGUGGACGUGGACGUGGACGUGGACAUGGACGUGGACGUGGACAUGGACGUGGACGAGGACGUGGACGUGGACAUGGUCGUGGACAUGGACCUGGACGUGGACGUGGACAUGGACGUGGACAUGAACGUGGACGUGGACGUGGACAUGGACGUGGACGUGGACGUGGACGUGGACAUGGUCGUGGACGUGGACGUGGAAGUGGACGUGGUCGUGGUCGUGGUCGUGGACAUGGACGUGGACGUGCACGUGGACGUCGACAUGGACGUGGUCGUGGACGUGGACGUGGACGUGGACGUAGACGUGGACGUGGACGUGGACGUGGACAUGGACGUGGACAUGGAAGUGGACGUGGACGUGGACGUGGACAUGGGCGUGGACAUGGACAUGGACAUGGACGUGGACGUGGACGUGGACGUGGUCGUGGACGUGGACGUGGACGUGGACAUGGACGUGGACGUGGACGUGGACAUGGACGUGGACGUGGACGUGGACGUGGACAUGGACGUGGACGUGGACGUGGACAUGGACGUGGACAUGAAAGUGGACGUGGACGUGGACAUGGACGUGGACGUGGACGUGGACGUGGACGUCGACGUGAACAUGGAUGUGGACGUGGACGUCGACAUGGACAUGGACAUGGACAUGGACGUGGACGUGGACGUGGACGUGGACAUGGUCGUGGUCCUGGACGUGGACGUGGACGUGGACGUCGACGUCUAUGUGGACGUGGACGUGGACGUGGACGUGGACGUGGACAUGGACGUGGACGUGGACGUGGACGUGGACAUGGACGUGGACGUGGACGUGGACGUGGACAUGGACGUGGACGUGGACAUGGUCGUGGACGUGGACGUGGACGUGGACGUGGACGUGGACGUGGACGUGGACGUGGACGUGGACGUGGACGUGGACGUGGACGUGGUCGUGGACGUGGAAGUAGACGUGGUCGUGGUCGUGGUCGUGGACAUGGACGUGGACGUGGACGAAGACGUGGACGUGGACGUCGACGUGGACGUGGUCGUGGACGUGGACGUAGACAUAGACGUGGACGUGGACGAGGACAUAGACGUGGACAUGGAAGUGGACGUGGACGUGGACGUGGACAUGGAUGUGGACAUGGACAUGGACGUGGACAUGGACGUGGACGUCGACAUGGACGUGGACGUGGACGUGGACGUGGACAUGGACGUGGACGUGGACGUGGACGUGGACAUGGACGUGGACGUGGACGUGGACGUGGACAUGAACAUGGACGUGGACGUGGACGUGGACAUGGACGUGGACAUGGACGUGGACAUGGACGUGGACGUGGACGUGGACGUGGACAUGGACAUGGACAUGGACGUGGACGUGGUCGUGGACGUGGACGUGGACGUGGACGUGGACGUGGACGUGGACGUGGACGUGGACCUGGACGUGGACAUGGACGUGGACGUGGACGUGGACGUGGACAUGGACGUGGACGUGGACGUGGACAUGGUCGUGGACUUGGACGUGGACAUGGUCGUGGACUUGGACCUGGACGUGGACAUGGACAUGGACGUGGAUGUGGACAUGGACAUGGACGUGGACGUGGACGUGGACGUCGACAUGGUCGUGGACGUGGACGUGGACGUGGACAUGGACGUGGACGUGGACGUGGACGUGGACAUGGACGUGGACGUGGACGUGGACAUGGACGUGGACAUGGACAUGGACGUGGACGUGGACGUGGACGUGGACGUGGACAUGGACAUGGACAUGGACGUGGACGUGGUCGUGGACGUAGACGUGGACGUGGUCGUGGACGUGGACGUGGACGUGGACGUGGACCUGGACGUGGACAUGGACGUGGACGUGGACGUGGACGUGGACGUGGAAAUGGACGUGGACGUGGACAUGGACGUGGACGUGGACGUGGACAUGGUCGGGGACUUGGACCUGGACGUGGACGUGGACAUGGACGUGGAUGUGGACAUGGACAUGGACGUGGAUGUGGACGUGGACGUCGACAUGGUCGUGGACGUGGACAUGGUCGUGGACGUGGACGUGGACAUGGAUGUGGACAUGGACAUGGACGUGGAUGUGGACGUGGACGUCGACAUGGUCGUGGACGUGGACGUGGACGUGGACAUGGACGUGGACGUGGACGUGGACGUGGACAUGGACGUGGACGUGGACGUGGACGUGGACGUGAACAUGGACGUGGACGUGGACAUGGACGUGGACAUGGACAUGGACGUGGACGUGGACGUGGACGUGGACAUGGACAUGGACGUGGACGUGGACGUGGACGUGGACGUGGUCGUGGACGUGGACGUCGACGUGGACCUGGACGUGGACAUGGACGUGGACGUGGACGUGGACGUGGACGUGGAAAUGGACGUGGACGUGGACAUGGACGUGGACGUGGACAUGGUCGUGGACUUGGACCUGGACGUGGACGUGGACAUGGACGUGGACAUGGUGAUGGACGUGGACGUGGACGUGGACGUGGAGGUGGACAUGGACGUGGACGUGGACGUGGACGUGGACGUGGACAUGGUCGUGGACAUGGACGUGGAAGUGGACGUGGUCGUGGUCGUGAACAUGGACGUGGAAGUGGACAUGGACGUGGACGUGGACGUGGACGUCGACGUGGACAUGGACGUGGACGUGGAUGUGGACGUGGACGUGGACGUGGACGUGGACGUGGACAUGGACGUGGACGUGGACAUGGACGUGGACGUGGACGUGGACGUGGACAUGGUCGUGGACAUGAACCUGGACAUGGACGUGGACGUGGACGUGGACAUGCACGUGGACGUGGACGUGGACAUGGACGUGGACGUGGACGUGGACGUGGACGUGAACGUGGACGUGGACAUGGACCUGGACGUGGACGUGGACGUGGACGUGGACAUGGAUGUGGACGUGGACGUGGACGUGGACAUGGACGUGGACGUGGACGUGGACAUCGACGUGGACGUGGACGUGGACGUGGACAUGGAUGUGGACGAGGACGUGGACGUGGACGUGGACAUGGACGUGGACGUGGACGUGGACGUGGACAUGGACGUGGACGUGGACAUGGACGUGGACGUGGACGUGGAUGUGGACGUGGACGUGGAUGUGGACGUGGACGUGGACGUGGACGUGGACGUGGACGUGACGUGGACAUGGACAUGGACGUGGACGUGGACGUGGACGUGGACGUGGACAUGGACAUGGACGUGGACGUGGACGUCGACGUCGACAUGGACAUGGACGUGGACGUGGACAUAG